AUGAGGUUCUCAACCCUCUCCAUCGGCCUCCUGGCUCUUCUCACGCCCCUUUCGUCUGCCUGGUCCAAGGAAGAUCAUGAGAUCUUCCGCGUCCGCGACGAACUGGUUGCCCACGAGGGCGCCAAUGUCACCUUCUACGAUUUCGUGGGUGUUACGGCCUCGGCCUCGCAAGAGGAGAUCAAGCGCGCCUACCGCAAGAAGUCCAAGACUCUGCACCCCGACAAGGUCAAGCAGCAGCUGCAAGCCCGCCGCGCUGCCAAGGACAAGAGCAAUAAGAAGAAGCCGGGCGUGACCGUCACGAAGCCCCCAACUUCGUCCGAGAUCAAGGCCGCCAUCAAGGAGGCCGGCGAGAAGCAGACACGCCUCGGUGUUAUCGCGAACAUUCUGACCGGGCCAGAGCGCGCACGAUACGACCAUUUUCUGGCAAACGGCUUCCCGACAUGGAAGGGAACGGGUUACUACUACAGUCGAUACAGACCUGGCCUCGGAACUGUGCUUAUUGGAUGCUUCAUCGCAGGAGGCGGCGCCUUCCAUUACGUGGCGCUCUACAUGGGUUGGAAGCGUCAGCGCGAGUUUGUCGAGCGUUACAUCAAGUUUGCCCGCCACGCUGCUUGGGGUGAGAACAUGGGCAUCCCCGGCGUCGAGACCGGUGCCCCAGCCACUGCUCCCCCUCCCCCUCCGCCGCAGGCCGACGAUGAGCAGGCCCCUAUGAUACCCACCAACCGCAAGCAAAGACGUCUCCAAGAGCGCGAGGCCAAAAAGGAGAACGCAAAGGAGGGCAAGCGUAAUGGCCGCGGCCGUGGAGGCAAGUCUGCCAGUGGCAGUGCGACUCCAGUCCCUCAAACUCAGCCCGGUAACGGCUCAGGACCUACAGGUGCGAAGAAAAGGGUCGUAGCCGAGAACGGCAAGGUCCUGGUUGUGGACUCCUUGGGCGAUGUCUACCUCGAGCAGGAGGACGAGGAAGGAAACACGCACGAGUUUCUGCUUGACCCCAACGAACUCCCAAUGCCGACUAUUCGGGAUACCGCACUGUUCAAACUGCCCAUCUGGGCCUUCCGCCGCGUAUUGGGAAAGAAGCAGCCUGCCGAUGAGCUCGAAGAGAAUGAGACCGAGGAAGCCGUCGAAGAACUCGUUGACACAGAUUCAGACGUGCCGCAACGCACUCCCAGCACCACGGACUCCAACGAUGACUUCGAGCUUCUUGACACGUCCAAGAGUGUUGAGGACCUUGCUAAGGCGACCGGGAGUAAGAACCAAAGUGGCGGCAAGGCCAAGAAGCGGAACAAGAAGCGUUAA